GCCGAGGGUGGCCCGGGGGUCAGGGGGAGCGGGCUGCCUGGGGGGCCGGGGGCGCCUCGGAGGAGGGGGCGCAGCCACGGCGACCGGCGCCCCCCGCCCGCCCGCCCGCCCGUCCGACGAGCGACCGGCCGCCUGGGAGUCCCGGUCUGCAGCCGCAGCCUAAACUUUGGCUGUUCCUCACCAUUUCGGCCAAAAGUAAUGUCGCCUUGCCUUUAACCUACUUGGGGGCUCUUUCUAAGAGGACAGACGCUUAAGGGCACGAUGUUUGCGCGAGGGCUGAAGAGGAAGUGUGCGGGGGACGAGGAGGCCGUGCCCGCCUACAGCCUGCAGCGCCAGUCGCUGCUGGACAUGUCGCUGGUCAAGCUCCAGCUGUGCCACAUGCUGGUGGAGCCCAACCUGUGCCGCUCCGUCCUCAUCGCCAACACGGUGCGGCAGAUCCAAGAGGACAUGGCCCAGGACGGGAGCUGGCGCCUGCCGGCGCCCCAGGCCGCGGGCCGGGCGCCGCGAGACCGCCUGGUGUCCACGGAGAUCCUGUGCCGCUCGGCGCGGGAGGGGGCACGCCCCGCCCCUGACCCCGGAGACCCGGCCGCUGAGCUCCACGCGGUCCCGGUGGCACAGGCUCCGGGGGGCCCACCAGACAGCGUCUGGGGCGGGGGCGGCCCUCGAGAAAGCAGAGGAAGCUUUCACACGUCGCUCGAUCAGAUAUUUGAGACGCUGGAGAGCCAAAGCCCCGGUGCCAUGGAGGAGCUGUUUUCCGACGUGGACGGCUCCUACUAUGACCUGGACGCGGUGCUGACGGGCAUGGUGGGCAGCGCCAAGUCGGACCAGGAGGGGCUGGAGGCCUUCGCCUCUGCGGCCGCCCCGCCCCCCAGCGCCGGCUGCAAGUCGGACCUGGGCGAGCUGGACCACGUGGUGGAGAUCCUGGUGGAGACCUGAGCCGCGGCCGCGGCACGUAGCGGAUGUGUUUGUGAGGCCCACGGGGACAGCGGGCGCGCGCGGGGUGUGAGUGCCUGCUGCCUGCCGCCAGGGCCGGCCUCUGGUGUGUCUGCAAUUAGGAAAACGACCCAGAACAGCAUCCGGUCGGCCCACUCCCCUGUCUCCCUCCCUCCCAGGGCCGGGUGGCCUUCCCGCAGGCCGGUCAUCGCGCCCGCCCUGGGCCCUGGGCCCUUGUCCUGCUACAGCCCCGCGGAGGGUGCCAGCCCCUAGCCGCAUCCAUCCUUAUCCAGCUUUAGAUAGGUGAAUUUUCUAAAGUUAAGUUUUAUAUGUUUUGGGCAAUAUUUUGUCUUAAGAUAUAUUUUUAAACUUUUUAUAUUGUAUCACUUUAGAUUUUUUUAGCUAUUUUCUUAAAAAUAUAUUUUUUCUAUAAAACAUCUGCUGCUGCUACAUUAGGAAGUUUUACAGCCUAAACAGUUGCAGUUGGUGUGUUUCGUUUUUUUGAGGUUUAACAGACACUGUUCUUUUCCCAACAAGCGUCACUGCCCUCAGUCGGCAGCGUCCGCACAUCGUGACCUCCACUUCGGACUCGGAUGUGAGCCUUGCCCUACACACUGCUGCGGCCAGAGCAGGUCAGAGUUGAAGGCCUUGCCCGGCGACGCCUUUACCAGAUCUGCUGUGCGAGCCACGUCUCUGUUAACGUCAGUGUAGGUUGUGGAGGGUUUUAUUUAUGCCUGUUCACGUAUGAGGGUCCGCAGAGCCGAGGUCCGGUGCGGUUUACCUGGAGGUCGUGUGCACCCUGAGGUGUCUUGGGGGCCUCCAGAGGGUCUGAGUCUUGGGGCCCCUCCUGUGCAGGUUUCUCAGCACAGCUGACCUUCCUCCCAAAGGUACCUUCCUCCCAAAGGUGCCUCCCUCCGCACGUCCCUGCCUGGCUGGGCUGCUGGCCCUGUGUCAGCUGGGCGUGUGUGCAGGGAGGCUGCCGUGUGCCAGUGUGUUUGGGGAGGGCCCGUGUCCGUGCACCACUGGAUUGGAGAAUGUUCACAUUUGCUCUCUUAAACUGGUGCUGGGACAGAAUUUUAAGAUUAAAGUCUAGGAUUAAAGAAAUCUGGACACGUCAUUUCUGGCUCCUUGAUCUUAAAGGCCGUUGAGGGUGGGCCGGGCCAUUUGUGUGCCCUGGGACCCUGCCCUGGGCACCGAGGCAGGCUGCAACUUUUAGGUCUUUCCCCUUGUUUACAAGUAAGACUGUACUCUCUCCCCGCCCCUACUCCACGUUUCCCAUUUCUCCUGCUUUUUCUUCCUUCUCCAGCCCUUAGCCAAAAAGAGUUUGUUUUCUUUUGCGCGUAUGACCGUUCUUCAUAUCAGGGGUGUACACCUCACUUUAUUAAAAAAUUACCC